AUGCAUCCUCUGCCUCCACCGCAGCGCGGUGGUUCUGCAGCCCAAGCGAAUGAUCAGCAGCGUCCACCCGCAGCGCCUACACAGACACAGAGUACGCCCGAAGUCCCGCAAAGCGAAAACACUACAUCACAGCACAAGAACCGCCGACGGCAUCGCGGAGGCAAGAAGAAGAAAGCGAAGGCUCGCCGGCAAUCCUUCAUUGCCCCAUCGGACAUCGGUUCGGCGGAUUAUCACGAUGAAUCGGGUGGCGAGAACAGGAACAGAAACACGGGAAUAGACCAUGCAAUCAUGGAAGCAUCUGGAGCAGGAGACAGAGACGGAGUCCGCAGACGAGACUUCUACCAGCGCAAGAGAACAUACAGCAACGAUAGCCUUGAUAGCGAGACGCUAUUCAACGAUCACCGCGAGCAGCCCAGCAUGCGGCCCAGGCGGGACUCAAGGCUGUUGCCGGGCAUGUUCUCUAGCGGCCUUAGUAAGAGCGUGGGAGGGAACGGGUUCAAGAGUCCAGGCUUUGCGAAGAAUGCCACUAGUCCUGGCAUACGCCCUCAAAGUCGUGGUAACGGCGGUCGGGAGGACUUUGCGGGCAUCGACGAGAACGACGAUGCCAAUGAUCGCACUCCCCUCAUCAGCGGACACCAGCAGCACAGGAUCUCGGACAAUGCACCAAACUACGGCUUGUACAAGAAGGAUUCACACUCGUCUAGCGCUUCAUCACGAACCAGGACAAUAAAGAGAAGAGGUACCGAUAAGACUGGUACCAGCUUCCCGAGCCAGCCCGAGUACGAUGUCAAUAAUCCACCCUCACGACCUGCCAGUCCUGCAUAUGAUGACCCAGCAGAUGUCAUGGUUGGCACCGACAAUUUCCUGCCUCGCUCACUCGAAAGCCGCCGAACGCAGGGUAUGGGUAGCCGGGAUGCUCUGAUUGAUAUCGACGAGGAUCUGCUCGAUGACAAUGAGCCCAACUCGGCGCCUCCAUCCCCUAGACUAAGACCAGAAGGCAUCCAACGACAUCGUUCACAUCAAAGGCCGGGUGAGGAAGAUGUUUGCUUUCCCGAGGAGUUGUCUGAUAUGGCUGAGGAGGAUCUACACCCAACCGUAUCGAACUUGAGCCGUCCGCGCAGGCACAGGCGAAGAGCUUGGCCCAAGCUGUGGGUUCUGGACGAAUGGAGCUAUCACGAGAAGGAGAUGAGGGAUGGUGAACGUCGCACGAAGAAAGUCAAUGAGCCUGUACUGGUCAAUGGGCGUCUCAGGCCGAGGAACUCUAUGUGGCGUCGCGAGGUCGAAGAGGCGCCGUACCGAUACACCUACUUCAACGAGGAGUUCGAGAGCACCAUACAUGCUCAGACAAUUUCCGAGCUUGUUCAGGAAGGCGGGAGUUUCAGAGAGCUGUUCAUUCCCGAUCCGCCCGAGAUCAUUGAGUCCAGCGAGUCCAGCGAAAGCGAGGAAGAGCAACCUCCACCCCAGGCUGCCUCACGAGCGAUGUCGCCCAACGCGGACUCUACGAGCGGUGUACCCUUAUCGACCCUGAAUUCUCGCCUCGAUGGCCUGGUCAAGCCUUCAGGUAGCAGAGAAGGCUCAGGCAAGGCUUCGCGUGUCUCCGGCGAAGCAACUCCGCAACAGCAAUCGCAGACACCGGAACCAAAGCAGAAGAAGUAUGGACCGCGACCGACCUUCUGGCUCGAUAUGCGUGUCCUCUGCAAGACGUUCGGCAUCCACGCCUUGACCUCCGAGGAUAUCAUGAUGCAAGAAGCACGCGAAAAGGUCGAGCUCUUUCGCAAUUACUACUUUAUCAAUUACCGCACGUUUGAGCAGGAUCCCAAUUCCGAAGACUACCUUGAGCCUGUCAACAUGUACGUGUGCGUAUUCCGACACGGCAUCAUCACGUUCCACUUCAAUCAGACGCCGCACCCAGCCAACGUUCGGCGCCGGAUCCGCCAGCUGACGGACUACCUUAUUUUGAGCGCAGACUGGAUCUCCUACGCCAUCAUCGACGACAUCACCGACGUGUACCAGCCUCUGAUCACCGGUAUUGAAGAGGAAGUCGACGACAUCGACGAGAUCAUCCUCAACGCGCUGUCCUCCACCAACGAGCUGGCCGGCGAGUCCGACAACUUCGCGCCUGCCGUCGGAACGGGCAAGGAGAAGAAAGCCGACCCGAACAAGCCAUGGUCAGAGAAGGACGAGGCACCUCCACCAACCUCUCCCUCAGGCAUCACCGUCCUCCGCCGCAUCGGCGAGUGCCGCAAGAAGACCACUUCGCUCUAUCGCCUCCUCGGCCAGAAAGCAGACGUCAUCAAGGGCUUCGCGAAGCGCUGCAACGAGCAAUGGGAAGUAGCGCCUCGCUCUGAGAUCGGGCUGUACCUUGGUGAUAUUCAAGACCACAUCAUCACCAUGUCCGCCAAUCUAGCGCACUACGAGACCAGUCUCAGUCGCGCGCACAGCAACUACCUCGCGCAGGUGAAUAUUAGGAUGGGAGAGAGGCAGGAGAGUACGGCGGAUAUCUUGGGGAAGCUGACGGUCAUUGGUACGAUUGUGUUGCCUAUGAAUGUUAUCUGUGGGAUGUGGGGCAUGAACGUAAUGGUCCCAGGCCAAGAAGUCGAGAACCUGUAUUGGUUCUGGGGCAUCACGGCUUUCAUGGGUUGCUUUGCCAUCUGUUGUUAUUUGUGGUGUAAGAAGGUAUACAAGAUCGUUUGA